AUGAUUGAGAGUAAGGACCAGGACAUAUUCUACGACUGCGACCCGAUGCUGGACCUCUCCGAUUCGACCGACGACGAUGAGAACGAGAACGACGACGAAAGCGCCGAAUACGACCCCACGCUUACCGUUCCUUAUGAAGAAUCCUUCGAAGACGAUGAUCCUCCACUCUCCUUUCCUGACGACCCCAAUUUCAUUGAUUCCGGCUGGGCGGUCGAGUGCUUACAAGACAUAGAGGACAUUGAUUUCGAAUUCGUCUACGCGCUGCACACAUUUGUGGCUACGGUCGAAGGACAAGCAAAUGCAACCAAAGGUGACACUAUGGUUCUGCUGGAUGACAGCAACAGUUAUUGGUGGCUAGUCAGGGUUGUCAAAGACAGUAGUAUUGGAUAUUUGCCCGCAGAGCACAUCGAAACUCCAACAGAACGACUCGCUCGCUUGAACAAACACAGAAAUGUGGACCUCUCUUCGGCCAUGCUUGGGGAUACGGCAGAGAAAAAGGCACAAAACUUCAAAUCACCUAUCAGAUUUGGACGUAAGACGGUUACCUUUACUUCGCCAACCUACCAUGACUAUACCGAAAUCGACGACUAUUCCAGUGAUGAAGAGGAUAUAGACAAUCUGUUCGCCAGCUCGAGCACUUCCGCUAAGCAAGACCAGCAACAAGAGCAAAAGAAAGAUACCCGAGAUGCAACAAAAACGAUAUCGAUUGUCGAGGACGAUUCCUCAGAGGAGAGUGCCAGGGUUGAGCCGCUGAAGCCUCGCUCAGGCAAGGAAGUCAAGAUGGCUAUGGAGCCUUCCAAGGUUGACACCGUGGAAGAAGAGGAUGAGGCUAGGGGCAGUGAUGAUAUUCUAUUUGACAAAGAGCAAGGGCCAAGUCGAUCCCGCAACGGCACUGUCAGGAACACCGACUCUUUCUUUAGAGACGAGACUGUCGAAACCAAGAAGAUCACUCUUACGCCUAACCUAUUGCGAGACGACAACCAGUCUCGGCCAUCGCAAGAUUCUACGAAGGACAAUAGAUCCAGGGGAAGUAUCGAUAAGCUUGAUAAGGAGCUCAUGUCCGAUAAAGAGAAGAAGAAGCAUCAAGACAAGAGCCGAAAAGAGAAGGAAAAGAAGCCAAGCGCGAUCCGAAGUUUCUUUUCCAGAAAGGACAGAAAGAAGUCGGUGGACGAUGACGACGAAUCUUUUGGAAAACGUUCUAUGGACAUGACCUCCGAGCCCCGAGAUAGUGAGUCGAUCGAGGAGGUUGCAUCACCAGAGAGACAGCCACAACGAAGCACCAGCAAGCUUCAGAAACAGAUACCCCGAAACGAAACAUCGUCUGGAAAGGGCGAGCCAUCAUCGACGAUGGAGCUGGCUGCUUACCUGGCUGAGUCUCGGGUUAACGAUGUGUCAAACGUACCACCCGCAUCAAUGCGCAUUGUGAACCCCGAGACCAAGGAGACUCAUGAAGUGCCGUCGAGUACGCAAUUCGGGAACAACAACUCCAGAGCACGGGCCUCUUCGGCCGCUGCGCAGCAUGAUGAUACGAAGGCGUUGGCUAGGGCACUUGGUCGCAGUGCCAGCACAGGAGAUGAGCCUAGGACGACACGGACAAGCAAGCCUCGCCCCCUCAUGGAUGUUGAUGAAUUGACUAGUUCUGAUGACGAUGACGACGAUGAUGACACCGCAUCUCAGCCAACCACUCGAACAACACCGGAACAGGGUGUUGAGAAGAAACCUGAAGGUAUUUUGCGGCCACAACUUCCUGGGGCAUUCCCGGACAGUUUCGAUGCAACUGCCAAGCAACCUCCAGCUACCACAGAACCUGGCGCGCAGCAGAGCCGUCUGUCAGAAUCACCAAUACAGGUGUCGCCUGUUAAUGGAGUACGACCACCUGCAUUGGAGGUCGACACAUCCUCUCAAGAUGGACGAUCAUCAUCCGAAGUACCGUCACCAGAGCUUGGGCCUGGAGAUGCAACACCAAAAGACGUCAGCCCAACGAGAAGCGUCAAAGAGCCUGGCUGGGAUGACGAGAAGCUACGUGCCUUCUUUGACGAUGGCGAGCAUGUCCGAGACCUUCUCAUGGUCGUUUAUGAUAAGACAGACGUUGAGCCUGUGAGCAAGGACCAUCCAGUGGUCAGCGGGAUGUUCAGGGAGCAAAACGCAAAGCUAGCGGAGAUUACUACUCAACUCGACAACAUGCUCGGAGACUGGUUGGCUAGAAAGCAGAGACUUCGAGGUUCGCUCUGA